AUGAUCAAACUAAUGAAUAAGAAUUAUUUCGAAAGAAAACCAUGGUUUCUGGCUAUUAUUGGGUUGGGAUUUGUUGGGUUGGGUUGGGUAAUGGUUGUUUUUAGUCGAAAUAGGAAAGAUCCUGAUCAGAUGAUCAAUGAAAUGCCUACUAAUCAGCCAAAUGAUGUUUUGAUUGAUGACGUGUCAAUUUCAAAAUCUGGACAAAAUAAUAGUAAUCCUCUCAUCCCAAUGGAUUAUGAUGAAUCAAGAUUUAUUUUGGAUGAUUUAUCGGUAGUUUAUGUAAUUCAGAACACAGAUGAACAAGUGUUGGAGCAUGUUGAAUUGUCGUUUUUGAAAUCUCCUUUGGUUUAUAAGGAGUGUAAAUUAGCUAAGGUGGUUGAUGUUUCUGAGAAGGAAUAUACCUUGCAUUUAGAUGGUGAACAUAAGUACUUGCCUACUUACUUGGUUAAUAUCUGUAAAUGGAUUAUUGUUCAGAAGUACUGGAUUACGGGUAUUGAAAUUAAGUUGGCGGUUCUUUAUUCUUCUUUGGCCGAUCUUUUGAAGUAUACGAAUGCUCGAGUUGUGACUUUGGUUGAGUGCCGGAUUGGAUUAGAGGCUUUGGUGGCUUUAGGAGGGUGUUCUUUGUUAGAUACUUUGAUUAUAGCUAACAAUUGUAAAUUUAUAGAUAUGGAUGUGAAUGGUGCAGGACAUGAUACUGGCUUAUCGGUGGUUAGUCCUGGGCCUAAAUCCAGUUGGAAAGUUUCGGUAUCCUAUCCGGCCACUCUUAUUAUUGCUAACCAGAAGGAAGGUUUAGUGGCCACUUUGUUACAGACAGUUCGGUUUGCUAAUUUGCGUUCAUUAGAGCUGAAGAACACAAUGCUUACCGAUUUAAGUGUUUUGGGGUACGUUGAUGCGACUGGAGUACAAGAACUGUAUAUUGUAAAUGAGCUGAAUUUAGCUAAAGUAUCUCUAGCGGGUAUUGCUAAAUGGACUAACUUGCAUACUUUAGUGAUUUGCAAGAACCAGAUUGGCUACCAGAUUGAACUAUCUGAACUGGGCUAUGAAGCACUUAAAAAGCUUAGGACCCUUCAGAUUGAGCACUACUUAUAUGCUAAACUGAUUAGCCAUCGGCUCAUUAAGUUUAAUAGUGAGAAUGAAAUUACUAUUCUGGUUGAACACCCGCCUAAAACUCUCUAUGGUGAAGUUCGCACGAUUAAGUGCUUUUUUGACCCGGCUACGGCUUACAUUGAAGUAUACAUUCCCUUGGAAGGACUUGAUCUGGUGUUAAUGACUGAAAUGAGAUACCCAUUCGCACUGCUUAAACCUAAAACCCUCUUUAUUGAUUGCAUGACUAAAAAUGCGAUUGUUCUCCCUAAACACGAUCUGGUUUGGAAAGGUCUGUCUGAAUCGUACAAAGAUGCCUCCUCACUUAAAACUCUUAUCAUUAAUUCGGUCCAACAAACCGGUCCUAUCAAUACCCCAACUAAUACUUACUUUGCCGAUAUGAAGUACUUUACCCAAGUCACUCAGUUCCUUUGGGAGUUUAUUCAGCUGCCCAAUACUAAACUACUGAUUGCUCUUCGUCGUGCUAAUCCAACUCAAACUCCAGCCGCCACUCUAUUUGUACAGACUCCAUUAGAAAGAAGGUUCUUCCCCUUCCUAACCCCAACUCUUAAACAAAUCCUAAGCUAG